AUGACAGAGACACAGGCAAACAAAAAAGUUUCAAAUUACUGUGAGCCCAGAAGAAUCAGCACAGUGUCCAUUGCAGAAAGAGUAGCCAAUGAGAGGUCAGAAAACCUUGGUGUGAGUUGUGGCUACAGUGUGAGAUUUGAAUCUGUGCUGCCACGACCAUAUGGCGCCAUCUUAUACUGUACUGUUGGCACAUUACUGAGAAAACUGGAGAAUGGUUUGCGAGGCAUUUCCCAUGUUAUUGUGGAUGAAGUACAUGAAAGGGAUCUUAAUACUGAUUUCUUGAUGGUGAUGUUACGAGACAUGGUCCAUGUUUACAACGAUCUCCGUAUUGUCAUUAUGUCCGCCACUGUGGACACAACCUUAUUCACUGACUACUUUGGCUCAGUGGAAGUUGUAGAAGUCCAUGGCAGACUAUUCCCUGUGCAAG